UUGAAGAUUUUAGCCACUCCUUCCUCAACUCAAAACUCCUUCCUCGUGUCCUCUCUCCUCAGCUUUCAUCAUGUCAUUCUCUGGGAAUUAUGAGCUUGAGAGUCAAGAGAACUAUGAGGAGUUUUUGGAAGCAAUUGAUUUUCUCAAAGCCAAGUCUGCUGAGAAAAUGGAGAUUCGAAUAAUUCAGGAUGGGGAAAAUUUCGACUGGCUUCAGUUUACCAAAUCCUGGAAAUGGACCAGUGAGUUCACCUUGGGAAAGGAAUGCGAGAUGACAUCCAUUAAAGGCAGCACGUUCACGGCUCAUCCAAAAAUGGAAGACGGGAAGAUUCUGGUGGAAUUCCCAGAGUACAGUUUCUCAGCUGAGCUGGUUGAUGAUAAACUUCUACUGACUUCUGUGACUCGGGGAGAAAAGGGAGUGACGUUUAAAAGAUGUUUCAAGAGAAUCUAGUGUUGCAAGACUCAACAUGUUUCAGUGAAAAAAACAGCUCGUUCCUGGACUAAAUAGACCAUCUAGACUGCAGUGAAAAUGAAAUUACAUCACUUUAUGUAAUUAUUGCAUCACAAGACACAAGAGUUCUGUUGUUGUGGGUUCUGCAUGAAAUUUUACAGAAGUGAUUAAAUUAUUCAAAGUCUCACAUGAUCAGCAGAUCUGGUUUCAUAACUGAUCCAUUAAAUACGGCAAGUCACUGUUUAAUUAUAUUCUAUAACUCUGAAACAUAAUGAAUAUUAUGUUAGUCUACACAGCUGUUUAUUUUAGGUCUUCUCUAAACUUCUUACGGUGAUGUAUGUGAUUUAUGUAAUUUAACCCUAACCCUACACUGAUUUGGUUUCUGUGAUGAAAUCUUUAUGCUGCAGUAAGCUUGGCGACACCACAGCAUGACAGGUAGAUGAUGCUAAAACAGCACACCUAUAGUCUGUGAUGACCUGCAUGUGACGAACAUUAGGGGUUGAUAAAACACUAAGAUCGUUCUCUGACAUCCUUUAGCUUAAUCCAGCCCGUGUCAGAUUACUAUGCUUGUGUGGUUCCUGCUCUUUGAAGAAGAUCAGACUGAGCAUCAGACUGCACGCCUGUUUCCCUUGUAUGCAAGGAAAAUAAGAAAAAGAUUCAAAGACAUCCAGAGACCAUCUCACUUGUUUAUGGAAUAUGUUUUUCACCACAGUUUCCUUUCUAGUUAAAUAAAUAAAAAUGGGUUUGGUGCUGAAAA